AUACCUAAACGAGUAUGAGUCGUGGGAACAAUUAAGUUAUUAUAUAUCCGCAACAUCAUAACUUACACGUGUCAGACCUCCGUCUGAAUCAUGCAGAUAGGCUUCAAAGUUGUGUGUGCAAUAAUCGUACAUCCUCUUUGGUUUAUAAGGUGUAAAAGCUAGGCCGUUAUCAUUCGCUACAUAGUCAUUUGUAAAAGACUAUAUAAUUUUGAUAAGAAGGUAGUCUGUUUCGCGUUUUUAAUCAAUAUUGAUUACAAUUCCGAUAAACGAUGGGUUGUAUUCUAUCUCGGAUGGGUUGUCUUUUCACUGAGUGCAUGACUGUCGAGAGUCCGUCAAAGCUGUUAAUGAUUGGUCUGGAUGCAGCAGGAAAGACCACAAUUCUAUACAGGCUGAAGCUAAGUAAAACCGUGACAGUUAUCCCGACCAUCGGAUUCAACAUCGAGACCAUCACACCGGGACCAGGUCUAACAUUCGACGUCUGGGAUAUUGGAUAUUCCGAAAAACUCAGACCACUAUCGAAACAUUAUUACCCUGGAACACAAGGAUUUAUCUUUGUGGUAGACAGUCAAGACCAAGAGCGUUUCUCUGAAGCCAGAGAAUUACUACACGAUAUGGUGUAUGCUAAUGAAAUGGAUGCAAAUAUACCAAUCUUAAUCCUUGCCAACAAACAAGAUCUGGCAGGUGCACAUGACGUUACUAAGUUGAUCGACGAGCUCCAACUCCGCGACCUUACCCAGAAUCCUUGGCAUAUCCAAGGCGCAUGCGCCACAACUGGAGAUGGUUUGUACGAAGGACUUAUCGAAUUAUCAAACAUGAUCAGAGAAUACAAGAAAUCUUAACAUCACUCACCAAGGAUAAAAUGGAAUAGAAGAUUCAAAUCGAUGCCCAACAAUGUCCGACGAUGCCCCAAACCACUAAGCUUUGAAACUGUUUCAUCUAUGUUUUAAAAGAAAGAAUCACCAUGAGUGUGCCGUUUGAUUUAUUAUGUAUGAUAUAGUAAUCGGAUACCUUAUGAGUGGUUGAACCAUAACAAGUGGCGGCAUCAGGAUUUUUAAACGAGUUGGGCAAAUGGGGGGGGGGGGGGAUUAUCAUUUGGGGGGGGGCAAAGGUGGACAUUAGUAUUAUUAUUAUUUUGCCUAAGUUUACAAAAUCGCGAGCGACGCGCGAGCUAAAAUUUUUAAUGUAGGCCCAACUGAAGAGAAAAGGGACAUGUUAAAGAGUGUUUGCAGUGACUAUAGUGAAGUUGACAUGUCAUCUCACCUAAUAAAAUGAUGGGAGCGUGAAGCGCGAGCUGAAAAUUUUCAAUAUCCUGAUAUUAUAACUGGACGUUAUCAGCACUUUUGGUAACCAUAAAAAGUAUGGGUAUCUAACAAUUGACAAUAUUCGAACAUCUAACCGUUAUACAAUAGAUUGAUUUACUUGUCAACUUCUUUUAUGAUUAAAUGCCUAUUUGUUUGCAUGAUAUGCCACAACAUAUACUACCAUGCCCAAGGAAAAGGAAACUAGAUACACUAUUAUUUACUCAUGAAUUUGCCCGAUGCCAUGCCUUAAAAUAUACUUGAUUUCAUAGCUUUGACCGCUUCUUGGAAACGACUCCUAUAUGCUUGGAACCAAAAUGUCAAGAGCUCUUAUGUAACAUGCCACCAAUCGAAAAGGCAUUUUAAACAUCUUGUAAUUUAAACAUUGCAAUUUCUUCAUUCUAGCCAUCAAUCGUUUAAAAAUAACCCCAAAAAAUGCAUAUCAGUGAUUCUGCCACCCCCCCCCCCUUUACACUAAUUCCACUUCUCUCUAUUUCCAUUCAAACCCUCUCCCUCUCUUCUGAAUUUGCUUUCACCAUUUCUCCUUUUUUCUCUUUUAUCCAGCUUUAGUUUUCCUUCUUGUUUUUCUCCUUUUUUCUAUUGUUUUCUUCCUCUCUUUUUUUCUUCUUUUUUCUCUCUCUCUUUCUUUCUUUCUUUCUUUCUAUCUUUCUUCUUGCUUUCUUUCUUUCUUCAUUUCUUUCCUUCUUCUAAACCUGCAUUUGCGAAUUAUUUCUUCAUUCUUAUUUUGUUAUUUAUUGAACUGUAUUUUAACGUUAGUGUUCUUUUUUAGCACCAGCCAAUGAGGAGAGUCUUUUAACAGAAACUUGAUUUCUUUUGAUAAUCCCCAGGCAUUAGCUGGUGUUCUUUCCUUUUUUUGUGUGUUUUUUUUUUUUUUUUUUUUUUGUAUAUUGGAUAUUGUAUGAUGAUUAUUUUCAAUGUAAUGAAUUUGACCAUUGUUACGAGUAUAAUGUGUACCUGUAAAUAAAAUAAAAUAAAUAAAAUAAAAUAACUCAACAAUAUUAUUGAUGCGCGCAAGCGCGUGGCGCGAGCUGAAAUUUUUUCAAUAUUCAACACUUUUUUAAAUCAUGAACAUGCAUGCAUAUGUCGCUAAAUAAUGAAACUCAAAUCUGCAGAAGAAUAAUUUGUACAUAUUGAUUUUAACACUGGAUGUUUAAGCUCCGUGUUAUCUUAUUGAACAGAUCAUUUAUUUAUCUCAAUCAACAGCCACUGCGAGCGCGAGGCGCGAGCAAUAUUUUGAAUUUUGUAUAAUGACCUGAAAGAUUUAUGUUAGUGACUAAUAUUGUUGGAAGCUAACAGUGACUGGAUGCAAAAUGCUCCUUUGGAGCACUUUACAUCUUUAGUAAAAAAAAAAGAGUAAGAGAGAGGGAGGGAGAGAGAAAGAAGGGAAAGGAAAAAAUAGAAAGCAGAAGCUUAGGGAGAAAUUAGGGAAGAGAAAAAAGGAAAGGGGAGUGAAAAGGAAGGGAAAAGAGAGAGAGGGAGAGGGGAAAGAAAAGGAAGGGGGAGAGAAAAGGAAGGAAAGGGAGUGAGAAAGAGAGAAACAAUGAAGGAGGGGGAAGGGAAGAGAAAAGAAGAAGAAAAAGAAAGGAGAGGGGAAAGAAGGGAAAAGAAUGAAAGAAAAAAUUGAAAUUGACUAGAGAGAAAAUGAAAACAAAAGAGAAAGGAGAGAGGGAAAAUGAGAGAGAAAACGAAAGAAAGAGGGCAGAGGAAAGAAAGGGAAAAGAAAGGAGAGG